AUGGUUGCUUCCACCAUUGACACCGCCAUGUCGAACUUAUCCGUUGGUUCUUCCAAGCAGGACUACAUCGACACUCCUUUUGUUGGCAAAAAGGAACAAUUCGAACAAGUCUUGGACGUGUUGGAUUCCGUUGGUUUCAUCCCUGAAUCCUUGAUUGAAUCCGAAACCAAGUGGUUUUACGAAAGUUUGGGGAUUGAUGACGUGUUUUUCGCCAGAUCCCUGCCUGAAGACAUCGCCUCCCACAUCCACGCCUUGUACUCUUGUAAGGUCCAAGCUUACUCCAGUUCCAACUUGGACGGAAACCAACCUUUGAUUAGCUACAAGAGAGAAGCUGAAGACCAUGCAGUUUUCUUUGAUACUAUCGAUUCCCACACCUCAAGCCAAAGAAACCAAUUUGAAAUCGCCAUUGACGAUAAAUAUGUCGAUCCUUCCGUGGCUUCUGGCACCAGUUACCGUACUGAAUAUUUCAGUGCCCCACUCAAUUACAAGACCGAUGCUAUUUUACUGGGGGUUUACGAAAAGAACAAGACUUUACACGAACAAUUUGUCAGAUUGUUUUUCGUCUAUGAAAACCGUUAUAAACACGCCAACGUGUCAGCUAAUGAAACUGAUAUCGAAAAGAUUGGUGAUUCUACUUUCUUGAAGAUUGCUUCCGAAAGAACCAAGACCUUGUACCAAGAAAUUGUCAAGGAUGUUAUCAAGACCACCGGUCCAGUCAUUAGACAUUUCCCAAUUGAAUCUUCUGAAGAGUACAGAGUGGUUAUUGGUUACAGACAAAAGACUUCUGCUAGAUAUAGUUCUGCUUUAAGUGAUUUGGCUAAUUACUACAAGUUGCAAACCACCAGAAAAUACGUGGAGCAAUUUGCUAACGGUGUUACUAUCAUCUCCAUGUAUGUCAGAGCUAAACUGACCAAAUCUCAAGUUGAUUUAUCCAUCUACCAAGUUAUCAAGGAAGCUUCUUUGUUGUACUGUAUCCCACACAACUUUUUCCACGACAGAUUUAUCCAAGGUGAAUUGUCCUUGCAAGAAUCCAUCUAUGCUCAAUCUGCUGUUAUCUUUGUGGCACACUUUUUGAAUCGUCUUGGCCCAGAAUACAGCAAAUUAUCUUCGUUAUUGGACCCAUCCAAAUCGAUUGAACACGCUGAAGUUUUAAACAGUUUAAAGAAGAGAUUAAGAGCUGAAACUUAUACUCAAGAUUUCAUCAAGGAAGUGUUUGACGUUAGACGUGAAAUUGUCCGUAAGUUGUACCGUCAAUUUGCUGAUGUCCACUAUAUUAGAUCUUCAAUGGAAAAGACUUUGAGUUACCAAAGAUUAUCGCAAAUCACCCCAGUUGGUUCUGAAGCUGAUUUUGAACAAUUGUUAUCAAGAGAAUGCUCUCAAAAUGAACAUCACGCUGUUGUUUUAAGAGCCUUGUACAUGUUCAACAAGUCGAUUUUAAAGACCAACUUCUACACUUCCACCAAGGUUGCUCUUUCCUUCAGAUUGGAUCCAUCCUUUUUACCAGAAUCUGAAUACCCAGAACGUCCAUACGGUAUGUUUUUCGUUGUUGGUUCCGACUUCAGAGGUUUCCACAUCAGAUUCAGAGAUAUUGCCCGUGGUGGUAUCAGAAUUGUCAAAUCCAGAUCUUAUGAUGCUUAUAAUGUCAAUGUUCGUAAUAUGUUUGAUGAAAAUUACAACUUGGCCAAUACUCAACAACGUAAGAAUAAGGAUAUCCCAGAAGGUGGGUCCAAGGGGGUUAUCUUGUUGGAUCCAGGUGCCGCUCAAGACCGUCCAAAGGCUUGUUUUGAGAAGUAUAUUGAUGCUUUGAUUGACUUGUUGUUGAAGCAACACAUUCCUGGUGUCAAGGACCAAUAUGUUGAUUUGUACAAUAAGCCAGAAAUUUUGUUUUUGGGUCCAGAUGAAGGUACUGCUCACUAUGUUGACUGGGCUACUUUGCAUGCCCGUGAUCGUGGUGCUCCAUGGUGGAAGUCUUUCUUGACUGGUAAGUCACCACAAUUGGGUGGUAUUCCUCAUGAUGAAUAUGGUAUGACUACUUUGUCCGUGAGAGCUUAUGUUAAUAAGAUUUACGAAAAGUUGAAUAUUGAUGAUUCCAAGAUUAGAAAAUUCCAAACCGGUGGUCCAGAUGGUGAUUUAGGAUCUAACGAAAUCUUGUUAUCUCGUGGUGAAAACUAUGUUGGUCUUGUUGAUGGAUCUGGUGUUAUUUGUGAUCCUCAAGGUUUGGACAAGGAAGAAUUGCUCAGAUUGGCCAAGGAAAGAAAGAUGAUUGAACAUUACGACAGAUCCAAGUUGUCGGCCCAAGGUUAUGUUGUAUUGGUUGAUGACAUGGAUAUCACUUUACCAAGCGGUCAAAUUGUCACUAGUGGUGUUGCCUUUAGAAACACCUUCCACUUGAAGUUGAAGGAACAAUAUGGUGUUGGGGGUGUUGAUCUUUUCGUUCCAUGUGGUGGUCGUCCUGCUGCUAUCGACACUAACAAUGUCCAUGAUUUCAUUGACGAAAAGACUGGUAAGUCCGUUGUUCCAUACUUUGUUGAAGGUGCCAAUUUGUUUAUUACCCAAUCUGCCAAAUUGAUUUUGGAAAAGGCUGGUAUUAUUAUCUUUAAGGAUGCUUCUACUAACAAGGGUGGUGUUACUUCUUCCUCUUUGGAAGUGUUGGCUGCCUUGGCCUUUGAUGACAAGACCUUUUUGGAAAGCAUGUGUGUUGAUUCUACUGGUGCCAAACCACAAUUCUACACUGCCUACGUCAGGGACGUGCAAAAGAAGAUUGUCGACAAUGCUGAAGCUGAAUUUGAAUCUCUUUGGAAGUUGCAUGAAGAUACUGGUAAGCCAUUUACCAUUUUGUCUGAUGAAUUGUCUGUUGCUAUCAACAAGUUGGGUGAUGAGUUGAGUAACUCUCGUGAAUUAUGGGAUGACGAUGUUGAAUUCCGUAAUGCCGUGUUAUUGGACUCUUUGCCUCCAUUGUUGUUGGAAAAGGUUGGUAUUGAAAAUGUCUUGAGUAGAGUGCCAGAAGCUUACUUAAAGGCUAUUUUCGCUACUUACUUGGCCUCCAAGUUUGUCUAUUCUAGAGGAAUUGACUCUAACCCAGCCAAGUUUUUGGAAUUUAUCAGUUCCACCAGAAAGCAAUUCAUUAAGAAGGGAUUGCUCAAGUACUAA